GUAAAAUAGUUUAACUAUUGUGUUAUUUAUAUAAAUUAAUUGUUGGACGUCAAUCGAUGAGGGAGCGAGACAGUUGCGAUGGACACAUUGGUCAGAUGAAGACGUGUGUGCAUGACCAGUUUGAGAACCAGUUCCGUCAGAUACAGAUGGUUUUUUUUUAUAUUAAGAAUUCAAUAUCUUACGCGAAUUUAGUAUGUUUCUAAAUUGUCAGCAGUGUUAAGUGAUUAAUUGUAAAUAAUUUUAGGAUCGAAAAUGAGUAAAACUUUAUAUGUGUUCGGAUACUUACUCGCGACAAUAGCCACAGUGGCCAGUCAGUUUCGCUUCGAUUACACAUACAAUGUGAAAGCUGGUGGUUGGCUGAAGCUACACGUGGUGCCUGCAACAUUCCAUGAUGCAUUCAAGAGGUGCAACGCCGAAGGUGCAGUUCUAGCGUCACCACUAAACAUUUACCUUAAGAAUGCGAUGACGAAUUUACACAAGAAAACAAACAGUGACGCCUGCGGCUUAUACACCGGGAUACAUGCUACUAUCUCUAAAGGAUCUUACACGUCUAUCGAGGGAGUCCCUCUGUCGAGGAUACCUACUACUUGGGCUCCCGAUGAGCCUGACAACUAUAACAAUACCGAGGAUUGUAUAGUGAUACUGCAUAAUGGCACCAUGGCUGACGUGCGGUGCUCCGAGACUUUCCCUUACGUCUGCUACAGGAAGAAGACCAAGAAUUUGGUUAUCAAUGACUGCGGCACUAUUGACAACGAAUACAUAUUGGAUCACAGAACCGGCAAUUGUUACAAGUUCCACAAAGUCGGCAAGAGUUGGAAGAAUGCUUACAUGACGUGCAUCGCUGAAGGUGGUCACCUCGCGGUCAUCAACAGUGCUACAGAAGUUGAAGUUAUCAAGGACGUGUUCGCCAGGGUGCCAGCUAAAGAUAUUUUCUCUAAAUAUAAAGAUAUCGCUAACGUCGGAUAUUACGAUUGGGGCGAGUUUGGUGUAUUCUAUACUGUACAUGGUGAAACGCUAAAAGAAGCGGGCUAUUCCAAAUUCGGUGAAGGAAACCCUGACAAUUCCAGGAACACAGACGGGGAUUACAUCUGCGGGGCGGUCGCCAGGGACGGACUCUACUACGACGUGUGGUGCAACUUAGACAUAGCACCCUUCAUAUGCGAGAAGAAACCUGAAAGCUUACUCAAUGACGAGGAAUAGUGAUGUGUUAAUAAUUAGUAUCUUUAAGUAAUUACAAUUAUGAAAU